AUGGCAAAGGCGAACGAUAACGAAUCAAAGCAGAACGAGUCAUCAGGACUCGAGAAAAAAGGGUGUCUUGAAUUCUCAAAAGAGUAUCAAUGGCCGGUGAAUAAAUAUUCUUUUUAUCGUCGCAACACCGAUCGCGAAUGCAAAUAUGUGAGUGAGCGUGGUGGACGCCGCCGUCGUCGCCCGCCGCUGUACUACAAUCAACUAACAGAGGUGUAUGCUUUUCAGUGCUUGGAGAGUCUUGCCGCCGCUCUCCAUAAUCAGAUCCAGUUCUAUUCACAGUACCGCCGUUCUGCUGAUGGGUCACAACUUGGCGGUUUCCAUUUUGGAUUGGAUGAUUGUGCACUUGCUCCUGUGUUGAUUGAUCUUCAUUUCGUCUCGAAAGAAUUCCCACUGGUUUGCGGAUAG